AUGGCAAAUUCAAAUGCAUUGGCAGUAGGAUUAGCUGUGGGUAUCCCAUCAGCACUCAUCAUCGGUGUAGUGCUAAUAUUCUGGUACAAGAACCAACGCAAAUUGCGCAAAGAAGACUUGGACGACAAUUUCAUUGAAAGGGAGUUGCAAGAUGAUCACAGCUUCAAAAUGUUCCAAGACGAACUACACACUACAUAUGACCAAAAGAAAGGGCCAGAGCUGGUUGACAUCCAAUUAAAAGAGCAGGCUGUUUCCGACACCUCGAAUGGUAGUUCAGAAAGCGGAUUGGAAAACGAAUUGCAACAUCAACAGCAACCCGAAGGCUCCGCUCAUCCAUAUGCUCAACAUUUGAAACUACACCAAGCAGCAAGACAACUGCCGUUUGAACAACAACAACAACAACAACCACUGAGACAACCUACUCAAUACUACCAACAACAACAACACCAGCAACAACAACAACAACAACAACAACUUCCACCCCAUCAAAGACAAAUCUCUUCAUACGAUUUUUACAACACCUUCAUUCCAACAUUUACAUCGGAUAAUAACAACUCAUAUGCCUCUUCAACACUACCACCACCAACAGCACCAACAGCACCAACACAAGUUGCCAACGAUGGUACAUACUCUAGCUCAUCGCGCGCACAUUCAUCCUCUGAUUUGGCAAAAGGUGUUGCCAACAUCUUUAGCAGCAAAAAUAGACUGAACUCAGUCAACAACACCAAUAAUAAUAACAGCACAAAUAAUGUGCACAAUUUAUCAGACAGCACAGCAUCUUCAAUCUUACUUUCAAGCAAUAAUAACAAUAGCAAUAACAAUAACAAUAACAAUAACAAUAGCAAUAACUCCAACAGCAACAAUGUCUCACAACCUAUCCACUCGAGGUCAACAUCAAACGACUUGGACACGUUGGCCAAACAAUUGAAUAACUCGGCCUUUUUUGAAAAGUUACCAAGUAAAGCAGCAGCAGCAGCAGGUAACGUUAACAUCAAACCACGGUACCCUUCAGUAUCUAAUACUAUGAAAAAUAACUCCAGUUCCGACUUGAUCAAUAACCACUUGGUUGGUGAGGACUCGGCAAUCAAUGACCAUUUCACUUAUGAAGCAGCAAUGGUUGAAGUGAGUCCAAAGAAGGCAAGCAAAUUGAAUAAUGAGAUAAAACAAGAGGACAAUGCAAAAGAAGUGGCCACUUAUGCUAAGGAUCAAAGUUUGCAAAUCCCCAAAGAUGAGUAA